CCGAAAGUGAGUGUAAAUGUGUAAAACGCUAGAAAUGAGUUGUCGCUCCUUUCUGGCUCAUGAGUCGGUGUGAUUAGAUGACAUUUCUGUCAGCGAUGUUGUGAUAGUUCAGGAUGCUUGUCGGCUACAGCAGCAGCUCUGAGGAGGAAAACGAGGCGACACACGCGGAAAACUGUUCUCAAAAGCGUCAGAAGGAAGAUGAUGGAAGUAAAGACUUCCCAGACAAGAAGAAGCCCAGAAUUGAGGAUCUGGCUCCCAAAACGAGACUGCCUCUCCCCGGUUGUGUCCUGGCCAUGUUUCCAGAUGAAGUGGAUCCAGAGACUGAAGACAGCUCCCUUCAUGGUGGACGCAUUCGCUCUUUCAAGCAUGAGAGAGGGAACUGGGCCACUUAUGUUUAUGUGCCAUACCAUCCUGAGGAGGAGUUCCAGGAGCUGCUGGAGGAGGUGCUCUCGACAGCAGGGACCCGGGGUGUGGUUCUGACUCAGCAGGAGGAGUUCCAUCUCAGUCUGUCUCAGACGGUCGUGCUCAAGCACCACUGGAUUCAACCCUUCAUGCAGAGCCUCAGGGCAAGCCUGGCUCGCUGUAAACGGUUUGAGUGCUCAGCAAGGACACUGAGGGUCUAUUGUAAUGCCGAAAGAACAAGGACAUUCCUGGGGAUGGAAGUGAUGACUGGGCAACCUCAGCUGUUGGAUCUGGCCCGAGUUGUUGACAAAACAAUGACAGAUUUUCAACUGGAAACUUUCUAUAAAGAUCCUUCAUUCCACGUGAGUCUGGCCUGGUGUGUUGGAGACCGCACAGACAACAUGAAAGAGUUCCUCCAGGAGUUGCAGAGUGUGGUAGACGACCAUGAAGAAGGACCAUUCCUGGUGAGGCUGGACUGUGCAGAACUACGCUGCAGGACAGGAAACAAAACUUUCCACUUCCCUUUGCAGCCGUAACACUUGAUGCAACUGAAACUAUUUCCAGAUCAGGCAAUUGUGUCAAGUCUUCUAGCCCGUUUUUAAUGUUACGAGAAGACUCACGGCACAGUAGAGAUGACUGAGACUCUCUCUGAGACCUCUUUACCAACUGCUGAUGGAUGUGUGAAACGAUGAAGACUCAAGAGUUUCCAAUUAUUUCUGUAUUAUAUGAGAACUGUUUAU